CCCGCUGACCUAUACCCUCAGCGAGCGAGCUGCGUGAUUUCAAACCCAAAAUGAAGUUAGCGGUAGUUUUAGCCAUCGUCAGCGUGGCUAUGAUGCUCGUGAUGAUCCUCCAGGCUGUGCGCCAGGAGCUGCAGCUGCGCAAUUUAAACACCCGUACGACGGAGGACCUUGCUGAGGGCAAGAGGGGAGAGAGAGUCAUCACCUUAAUGAAAAGCCAAAUCAAGGAGCUGAAGACGAACCUGGCGUCCGUCGUGGGGAGGGUGGACGAGCUGAAGAAGCGCAAAGCAGCCGCUGAAAAAGCAGUGCAGGAGCUUAAAAAAGGUUUGCAGGCAUGCGGCAAUGAGAAGGAAAAUACAGAGCGCAAGAAGAAAGCUGCCAUACAAUCAAUCAAUAAAUUCAAAGAGGAUCACGCAGAGAACAAAAGAAAAGCAGAGGAGGAAAUGCAGAACUUAAAAGAACAGAUUUUGGAUCGAGACAAAGCUCUUUGCAUUUUUGCUGAUCAUAGCUUUGCAGAAGCACGGAGCUUGUGUGGUAUUGAUGCUCCGCAGUAAAGACAACUAAAAACACCCGAUGCUGAGAGUGAACUUGCAUAAGAACCAUCCAGGACUUCAUUUUGUUGUGUAGUUCGUUAUUCUUAUUUUGUAUUAAGAUAAAACUCAGGGUGUUUUAUUUUUGAUACAGCUCGAGAUUCUACAUUUUGCUAUGAUGGCAGAUUAUCAGAUUUAUACCGAUUUUGUGUGUGUGUGUGUGUGUGUGUUUUGAGACAGCAACAUAAAAAGGCCUUCCAAAUACAAUUGAUGGCCCAUUACUUUGCAAAUAGCUUCCCUGGAAUAACCAGAGUGCAAAUGUCACCCUUAUCAUUCAUUUUCAAAUUAGCGAUUAUGACCAUGUUAGGUUAAUUGACAACUCUAAAUUGCCUGUUGGUGUGUAUGUGAGUGCGAAUGAUUGUUUGUUUGUAUGUGCCCUGCGAUUGGCUGGCAACCAGUUCAGGGUGUACCCCGCCUCCUUGCCCGAUGAUAGCUGGGAUAGGCUCCAGCACGCCCACGACCCUAGUGAGGAGAAGCGGCUCAGAAAAUGGAUGGAUGGAUGGACCUUAUUCUGUCCUGUGAAAUAAUGUUAUCAACUAUAGUAAAGGUGUGCUUCAUCUCUGUCGUUCACUCUUAAAUAUGUUGCGUUUCUUUGGUUGCCACGGCCCAUGGAGGGAUGUCAGCUACUGUAAUUUCCUUUUUCAUAACAAUAAAAAACAUUUACUGUAUUUAGAGGUUGCUUAUGUUUUUAUGUAUAACUUGCCUCCAGUGUUGCGGAGUUAACUAGUUACAUGUAAUUAUGUAAUUACAGAAUUUUACAGAAUUACAGAAUGUAUGCAAUUGUAUUACAUGGAGAAAAUGUGUGGUUAAAUUACAGUUGCUUUUGGAAAGUUGCCUGAUGACAAUUUUAGUUAGAUCUGAAAAAUAGCCCAAAAAGCUCAUAUUUUUUUCCUUCUUAUCACUUCCUCCUAAAUGCGACACUUGUGAUUGGCUCUCUGGUCAUGUGCCAUUCUGCCACAGUCUCAAACGUAACCUUUUUCCAAAUGGGACCUCGAAAUGCAAUCUUGUGGCGCAAUCUAUUAGUUUGCCUCAGAGUUUGAAAAGGUUAGACUCAGUUACGCUUUUCAACACAGAAAAAUAACAUUAUUUUGAACAGUUUCAUUUUUAUAAUUUUGGACUUUUUAUGUAGCAUUCACUUACCUGAGUUGUGAGUUAAAUGUCUUUCCCAUGGACAUAAAGAUGACAUUAGCUUGGCGUGGAUACAAACCAGCACCAUGAUUGAUACUACAACUGGGACUUAUGCUUCACACAUCUCUGGACCAGUGAUGACUGUCAACCUCAACAUUAAUUACUAUAGGUAACUGUAUGUUCCACAAACUUCCAGUCAUUAUCUAUCUAUCGAUCGAUCGAUCUAUCGACAAGCUUUGACAAACAAACAAAAAAAAUAUUUUCACUUUGUAUGUUUAAUUAAAAAAAACCAUUAUGCAAAUAAGAUAAAGACGUUAAGACAACAACGUCAAAAAAGUUGCCAUUUCCCUAUUUGUUCGACUUAAUCUCGCCGAGCCGCCCUCCAUACACGUCAGAAGAACGCCGUGAUGGAGUUACCUGACAAUCUGAAAGCAUGGCAAACUAAUGGAGCACAGAUACCUCAAUAUUCAUAAACAUACAGUAUUAAAGUGAAGGAACAUCCAUCCAUUUUCUGUACCGCUUAUCCUCACU